UUGCGCUACGCUAGACUAUACUUUGUGUUCAACGAACAAAGAGAAAUACUGGUGAUAUCGAUAUUGUUUUAUUAAAAACUCUUACUAUACACAAAUUAUAGAACAUUUAGCUAAUAAUCGAAUCCCUAGCAUCAGCAAUUAUGGAACAGGUUAACCAGUUAAAGGAAAAAGGUAACGAGGCGUUGUCUGCCGGGAAUUAUGAUAUCGCGAUAAAGUGUUACACGGACGCUAUCGCUUUAGACUCGAAUAACCACGUUCUGUACAGCAACCGGUCGGCCGCUCACGCUAAGGCAGGGAAAUAUGAUGAGGCUCUUGAGGACGCUGAAAAGACAGUUGCUCUUAACCCCACUUGGGGUAAAGGGUAUUCCAGAAAGGGAUCAGCACUUGCUUUCCUAGGAAGAUUUGAUGAAGCAAUCGCAGCUUACGAAUUGGGAUUGAAAUACGAGCCUGGGAAUCAGCAGUUGGUGUCAGGGCUAGAGGAGGUGCGAGGACAGGCUGGCAUGCUUAAGGAGUUCAUGCAGAGGCUGGAGAAUGAUCCAGAAUGCAGGGAGUGGAUGAAGGAUCCAGAAUACAUGAAAUUAGUAAUGUCCAUUGCAUCAAACCCCUUUGAUACUCGCAACAUAACUAAAAACAAAGAUAAGCGCUUCCCAAAAACCCUUGGUCAUUACCUCGGUAUCAACCUCAAAGGCUCUGAAUGGCCCAUGGAUGUAGACCCACCAGCACCGGAGAAAAAGCCAACACCACCACCAGAGAAGCAAGAACCGCCUAAACCCAAAUAUGAUGAUUUACCAGAAAACAGAAGACUAGCAUUACAAGAAAAAGAUCUUGGAAAUGAAUCUUAUAAAAAGAAGGACUUUGAUGCUGCUAUUUUUCACUAUAGGAAAGCUAUUGAACAUGAUUCCUCAGAUAUUACAUUUUACACAAAUAUGGCUGCAGUUUAUUUUGAGAAAAAGGAAUAUGAAAAGUGCAUCAAGGAAUGUGAGAAAGCCAUAGAGAUUGGAAGGGAGAAUAGAGCUGAUUUUAAGUUAAUAGCUAAAGCCUUUACCAGAAUCGGUAAUGCAUAUAAAAAAAUGGAGCAAUGGAAGUUGGCAAAAACCUACUAUGAGAAGUCCAUGUCUGAACAUCGAACACCAGAGAUCAAGACUCUUCUGAGUGAGGUUGAGAAAAGAAUUGUGGAGGAAGAGCGGAAAGCCUAUAUUGAUCCUGUCAAGGCUGAACAAGAAAAAGAAUUGGGCAAUGAUUACUUUAAGAAAGGUGACUACAGCAAUGCAGUAAAGCACUACACAGAAGCCAUAAAACGCAACCCAGAUGAUCCCAAACUGUACUCCAAUCGUGCCGCUUGCUACACCAAGCUGGCCGCGUUCGACCUGGGCCUUCGGGACUGCGACACCUGCUGUAAACUGGAUCCUAAGUUCAUCAAGGGCUGGAUUAGGAAGGGAAAAAUCCUACAGGGCAUGCAACAGCCGUCCAAGGCGCUGACCGCUUACCAAAAGGCGCUGGAGCUGGACCCCAGCAACGCGGAGGCGCUCGAAGGAUACCGAGCAUGUUCGACACAGCUUAACUCCAACCCUGAAGAGGUGCGUAAACGUGCGAUGGCCGACCCCGAAGUGCAAGCGAUCCUACGCGAUCCCGCGAUGCGCUGCAUCCUCGAACAGAUGCAGCAGGAUCCUCAUGCUCUACAAGACCAUCUCAAGAACCCAGACAUUGCCGCAAAAAUACAGAAGCUUCUCGAAUCUGGUCUCAUUGCUAUACAUUAACUAAAUCUACUAGGACUAGGAUUUAUGUGAACGUGUUGGGAUUAUGCCAAGUGGUGUGGAUUGUGCCUCAACACACUUGCCCGUAUUUGUGUGGCAUUUUUUUUCUUAAUAUCGCAAAUGUGACGCAGCCAUAAUUCCGCAAAUACAAGAGCCAAGAGAGAGGGGAUAACGCUUAUAGCAUUACCACCGAAGCCAGGUCUUACCCCAACAUCAGCGGUUUGAAAUCACUAUUCUCGAAAUGUCCACCUUUGUCGCUAUUGUAAAAUCGACUGACAGGACAUGGAAUAUUUCGAAAUUCGGAUAUUUAGACCCCAGAAAUGUGCCUGUUUAAUGCGUUUAUCUUGUCCCAACAUGGUUCAACGAGACCUAUAUGCGUGUUUCCGCUGUUCGUAUUCCUACUUAAGAAAACUAAAUGUAUUUAUAAUGUUUAUCUUCCAUAUCUACCGGAAGUUCAAGUUAAAAAUUGAAUAUCAUUUGAUGCGUUUAUCUGUUGAUCUGUGAUUUUUAUUCACAAAGUUUGCUUCUAAAUGUUAGAAUUCAUUCCAAAGUAUGCUUUUCCAGUAGAUAUUGACUAAAACACAUUGGCGCUGGUUUUAUUCAAUUUUGUUUUAGUGUAUGGUAUGAAUAUGAAGAAUAUGAUUUAUACAUAUUAUGUACUGCCUUAAUGAUUCGAGGGAAAUAAAUAAUUACGCCAUUUUUGUAAUUUAUUCAAUAAAGUAUGUAGGCAAUA